UUUCGCGUACAGCGCGUGCGCGUUGACGCAUUGGCCGACGGUUCGUUACGUAGCGGCGAAUCCGUUGGUGUUCGCGUUUAAUCCGUUCGGCGUCGACGCCGAGGCGAACGCGACGUUAGUGAUUGAGAUUUUUCGACGGUUGGUGAAACCAGGGUUGAGGUUCGUCGCGUCGUGGUGCGCUUUGAGGUCGAACUGGCGAUGGAUGUGGGGAACUCUCGGCGCAUCGAUGUUGUUCCCAGCCGUUUUGUAA